AUGCGACCACCAGCUCCCCGUCCGGGCCCCAAUCGAGCGCAGACUGCCACGCCUACAUUAACUGGACGAGCAUCACCGGCAGAAAGUAUCGCAUCCUCCAAGGCGCGUACUCCCAAGCGUAAGGCGCCUGCAGAGAUCGUGCCCGAAGCCUUGGAGGAGACGAAUAUCAACGUCGUUGUGCGAUGCCGUGGCCGAAGCGACCGAGAAGUGAAGGAAAACAGUGGAGUUGUCGUCUCUACCGAUGGGAUCAAGGGAAAGAAGGUGGACCUGUCCAUGGGACCAAGUGCGCUCAGCAACAAAUGCUACCAAUUCGACAAAGUCUUUUCGCCGGCUGCCGACCAGGGAAUGCUGUUCGAUGAGGUCGUGUCUCCAAUUCUCGACGAGGUCAUCAAUGGCUUCAACUGCACAAUUUUCGCGUAUGGACAGACUGGAACGGGAAAGACAUAUACCAUGUCCGGUGAUAUCACCGAUACUUUGCCCAUACCCGAGGCUGCCGGAAUCAUACCUCGCGUUUUGCACACGCUUUUUGACCGCCUUGGAGAGGAUGGCGCGGAGAAAUGCGAGCACAGCGUCAAGUGCUCGUUUAUUGAGUUGUACAACGAAGAGCUACGUGAUCUCUUGUCGGUGGAUGACCAUACCAAGCUCAAGAUCUUCGACGAAGCGAACAAAGGCGGACGAACGACUACACUUGUUCAAGGCAUGGAGGAAAGCCACAUCAAAAGCGCGGCGAAGGGUCUCAAGCUGCUAAGAGAUGGCAGCCACAAGCGGCAAGUUGCAGCGACCAAGUGCAACGAUCUGUCUUCUCGAUCGCAUACAGUGUUCACAAUCACAGUCUACAUCAAGAAGACCUCGGAGGGCGGAGAAGAUUUUGUGUGUGCUGGAAAGCUCAACCUGGUUGAUCUGGCUGGAUCGGAGAACAUCCAACGAUCGGGAGCGGAGAAUAAGCGAGCGACGGAGGCUGGCUUGAUCAACAAAUCACUGCUGACACUCGGACGCGUGAUCAACGCACUUGUUGAAAAGAGUAGUCACAUCCCAUACCGGGAGUCGAAACUCACUCGUCUAUUACAGGAUUCCCUCGGAGGCCGGACGAAAACAUGCAUCAUCGCAACAGUGUCUCCCGCGAAGAGCAAUCUGGAAGAGACCAUCAGUACGCUGGACUAUGCAUUCAGAGCGAAGAACAUCCGAAAUAAACCACAAGUAAACCAAAUGGUCUCCAAGAACACACUGCUUAGGGAGUUUACGGCCGAAAUCGAGAAGCUGAAGUCGGAGCUUAUUGCCACUCGACAACGGAAUGGUGUAUAUCUCUCAGCCGAGGCCUACGAAGACCUCACCACUGAGUCCGAGUCGCGCAGGAUAUUGAGCGAGGAGCAGAGAGAUAAAAUCGAGACCAUGGAAUCGAAUUUACGGAAUAAAGUCCAGGAGCUCUUCAUUGUCACGAGCAACUUCCAGACCAUGAAAAAGGACAACGAGCAAACGAGAUUGACGCUCGAGGGUACAAAGGAUGUAUUGGCAAGAACGGAGAUCGUAUUGGAGCACGCAAAACAAAGUCUGGCCGAGGAGACACAAUUGCGCAAAGCACACGCCGAAACCGAGGAGAAGCUUGCAGGGCUAGGAGGAGAUCUACUGAGCACCCUGGAGACGACCACAAACCACGUGGACAAGUUGCACUCCAAAUUGAAGAGGCGCUCGGACCUGCAGAGCAUCAACAGAACUCGAUGGGCUGAUUCCCAGGAUCGGGUCGCCACCGCAACACUGAGCGUGGAAGAACGAAUCGAUCUCCUGCGAAGUCAACAAGAAGGCUUGAUUGCUGCGCUUUCAGGUCGCAUGCAGUCAUUUGUUGCGGAUGAGCUGAAUGAGUUGAAGUCUUCUCAAGACUUUUUGAGAGACAAAGCGACUGCUUUUGAGGUGUCGAAGUCGGAGGUGAACGCUCAGACGAGCAAGGCCAAGGACGACAUGAAUGGAGUGUUGGAAGAAAUAGGAACACUGCGUGAGGAUGUCAAGCAGAAAGUGGGAGUAGGCCUGAAUGACCUCUCUGCUGCGGCGCAGCGAAUCAGCGCUGGGAUCGCUUCCGAACUGGAUGCCUUUCACAGCCAGCUGGAGGAUUCCUACGUGUCACUGGGACGCGAGUUCAAGACUCUGUUUGAAGACCUCAUUCGACGCAUGAACGAACAGCAAUCGGAAGCUCAGCGGCUACGACAGCAGAUUGUCGAAGCUAGCGACACGUUCGUGGAAGCCGGUCAAUCAUCGCACACCCAUCUGUCUGAAGCCGUUCAGAAUGAAAAGGAAACAGCGGCCAAAGAAAGAGAAGCUCUCCUCUCCCAGAUCGCAUCACUAGUCAACAAUUCUGCUGCUGCACAGGAAGCUCGUAUGGCUGGAUAUCUGGAGUGCGCGAACAAGCGAAUAAAGACCUCGCAGGACGACUACCGCAUUGCACAACAAACAUAUGGCAACGGUAUGGACGACUGGUCCGUUAGCGGACAGAGCAUGAUUGCUGCAUCGGUGAAAGCUCGUGAGGCCAUUAAGAACAAGCUCAAGGCAGACUGGACCAGUGCAAACCACUACACCAACAAGAUUGCGGAGACGACAACCGCAGUGCAUGGCGAGACCGUCCGCAUUGUCGACGAUCAGAUGGCGCAAAUGGACAGCCAGCUCGUUGCACUGGACGAGAUUGUUUCUCGGGUGCAGUCGCAGAAUGAAGAGCAUCACGACGCCCACUCGGCCAGCCUUGGACAGCUCGCCAGCAAUGUCCAAGCAAGCUACCGCAACAUCGGCGAGCACUUUGACACAUCCUACAGCAGAACUCAGAGUCUGGGUAAUGAUAUGCAAGAACGCGCGGAUGCUUUGACCCGGACGCUGCCGGCACUCGGCGCCAAUGGCGAUGUCCGACAGCCACUCCACAACCUGCGCAGUGCUAUGAGCGCGGCAGAGAUCGCAGAGUACUCCGCCACAGGUGAAACGCCAGCCCGAAUGCAAUACACCUAUCCGACAGUGCUUCCACGAACAGAAAGUCACGAGACUCUCCUCGACAGAAUGCGAGGCGUCCCGACCGCGGAAUCACUCCAAAGAUCGCCGCAACGGCGCUCUCCCUCGAAGUCCAAGAGUAGCCCAACGAAGCUGCUUUUGAGUCCUACCAAGCCGAAUGUCUUCGCCGACAGUCCGCCAUCGCUAGCCUUCCCCGUACCCAUCCCACGUCCUGCAAUCGCAAGUAUCAAUGCCAGCAGUCUGCGCGAACUAGACGUUAACGUGGCUGCUACAGGACUCGCAACUGUCGCCGCUGGCGAUCCGAGUGUUGAAACGGGAGAUGAGAGUUGCAAGCUAUCUGCCCCUCCCUUGUUCAAAAGUCACAGUGCUAACGGUCAUGCGAUGAGUCAGUCGGAUGGUGCAAGCAGGCUGCCUAUGAAGCAGAGGACUUCGAGGAAGACGGUCGCGGGAGGGUUGACGGCCGAGAUGGAGAAGGAGAAUAUUAAUCUCAGCGCAAGUGUUGGGCCUGGGACCGGAAGGAGGAUGUUAAGGAGUCGAGGGAGCGAUUAG